CAUAUGGGCAAAAGCAGAACGCUCUUUAAUAUCAGCUAGUAUGAGAGACAAAAGAAAUAUGAACAUUAAGGAGGCAAUAAACGACAAUUCGCUCAGUCUCAAGGGAUGGCCAGAAAACUAG